AAGAGGACGCACAUUUCUAAUCCUCAUCAACUCCAUCAAUCUUCCUCUUCAUUCAGUCUUCACCUCACAGCCUUCAAUCUCUCAUGGAUAAUCCUACUCUCAUCGCCAAUCCAUUCUCAUUUCGUCUUCUUCGUAGAAAAUGUUCUUUCCUACCAUCCAUUCAGUUUUGACUUUCACUUCGUCUGUGAUUUCUUUCUAUGCUCAUUGAAUUUGAGGACCCGAGUAACUCUCCUGCGCUCAAGGUCACUGGCUCCCCCUCCGUUUUUUAAAUUUUCGGAUAUGAUGUGUUGCUGGCCACAUUCAAAAUUAUUUCGCCAUUAUUUGUGUUACUGAAAUCAAUGGACUUUUUACAGAUGGCAGAGCACGUGGCUGUCACUCCAUGUAUCAAACUGCAAAUUCGGAGAACUCCCUUCAAAAUGAAAAGCUCCACUCCAUGCAAUUUCAGUUUUAAAAUAGAACAGAGAAAAUCCUCUUGUGAGAACAAUAAGUUCAUAAGGAUCUCAGCUUGGAGAAGGUGUCAGCUUAGUGGCUUUGGUGGCUCAAAGUUAAUUGUAAAUCCUGCUCCUAGGAAGACCUUCAGGGAGCACGCUUACCUAAGGUCUUUGGUAAAUGUUGAUGGAACAGCAGCCUCUGAGGUACUUAUUGUUGAUCAAUUGCUUCUGAUGAUCAGUAUAUUUCUUACAUAUAUGGCUGGAGUAAUACCUGUUCCAAAGUCCAAUCAACCUGGAAGUAUCAUCUCUCAUACCAGUGCAGCCUCUGAUAACCCGACCUUUUCUGGUAGUGGCAUGAAGACUGAAGAUCAAAUUAAUCCGAAGAAUGCAUUGCAUGUAGUUAAAGGAAAGAUUUUGGAUUUUCUAGAUGCCUUUGAGCGUAGGAAAAGUAUGGAAAAUGAGGUAUUUGAAUUUGCAGAAUGUCAUGUCAAGCAACCUCUAAGCUUGAAUGCAAUUGCUGAGGGUCCGAGGUUAAGGUUGCUUUGGGCUUCUUUUCAACUAAUUGAGGAAGAGGUCAACAAUAUUUCCAAUACCACUAUUCAGAACAUGGAUGAUUUGUCUAAAAUAUUUUCUAAAUUUAUCCAAAAAUCUUCUCACCCUGUAUGCAGGUCUUGGCUGAAAAAAGAACUGUCAAUGGAAAAGAAUGAUUCUAGCAAGGCAUUUCUUUCUUUGAUGUCUGAGAAACUUAAAGCAGAAGACAAUAUUUUACAAGGUAUUAAAAAGUCUGGCAAAGAAGAGCUGUAUGCAGAAUUGAUGCACUUUCUUAGUUUUGGUGCUCGCAGGGAUUAUUGCUAUUAUGACCAUAGCCUGUACGUUAAGCAUGGAAUUUCAAUAUUGGAAGAUUUGCUGAUAACAUUUGCUGACGGGAUUGCAAGUAUGUAUCUGGAAUUUAUAUCCGUUGAUAGCAGUUUCUCUGAUGAAGUGGAUAACGUUGGCUUGGCACUGUGUAACCUAUCAACACGAGCACUCCAAAGAUUGCGUAAUGAGGUGGUUAUGAACCAGUGGUUGUAUCAAAACGUCGAGGCAAUCGUAUCGAUGUAUGAAGAUCGAUUUGAUUUAUGUACGCUUGGGAGUCAACUGAUUGAGCUACCAGGCAGUAGACAGGCCAAGAUUGAUAAUUGGUGGAUGAGACAAUUCCUUAGAAGAACAGAAACUUUGUCAUCUCAGUUACAUUAUGUCGUGAUACGUUCCUUCUCCAUGCCUGUAAAGCGGACCAAGGAGUUGAGAGCUUUAAGGGGAUGGAGGUAUUACUUCAGCCUAUUGAUCGAAUUAUCUGACAUUACGAUGCCGUUGAUAAGAGUAGUAAUCGAUAAAAUCAGUAGCGGAAUAUCGUUCUUUCUAGUUUGCCUGAUUGGAAGAUCUUUAGGGCUCAUCUAUACAGGGAUCAGGCAGUCACUAAGAUGGAAGUGAAGGUUUGAUAAUUCUGGUUUCUAUAUUUGGUUGUUGCUCCAUUUUUUUUGGUUCCCUUUCUCAUUUUUUGUUGUAUCAACCUGAAUUUUGGCAGUUUUAACAUUUUUUUCAAUUGCUAUAGCAUAGAAUGAAUUUAACUGAAAAUCUAAAUUGCAUAUUGAAUUUGUGACA